CUCUAUUUCACUUUUACUGUCAAUAAAAGGCGUUUUUGAAUGAGUUUUUAGAUUAAGUUUUGUUGACUGAAGACAUGACAAGACAUGAGGACAUCCAUCAACUGAACUGACAAUUUGGCCAUUGAUUCACGCAAUCCAAUCAAUCCAAUGAUACCAUUGUUUACAGUUAUUGGAGGCGAUGAACAAGUUUUGUCACUUUAAUUGACAAAUACAAGAGUUGACAGUGUUUUGAGGCGUUUCGUUGGAAGUGUUUAAGUGAUCGUCUGAAGACAUGUCGGACAAAGAUUUCUCGCCGUUGAGUAAUGCCUGCGUUCGGGCACUCAAUGACAAACUCUAUGAUAAACGUAAAGCAGCCGCUCUUGAGAUCGAAAAAAUGGCCAGAGAUUUCAAUACAGUUGGGAAUGUCAUCCAAAUCAAGAAAUUGCUAAAAAUAUUGGGCGAAGACUUCUCACUGUCUAAUAAUCCCAAUUCGAGAAAAGGAGGUCUCAUAGGGUUGGCUGCGAUGGCCAUCGCUUUGGGCAGAGAGUCGACGCCAUAUAUCAGUGAUUUGAUUCGUCCGAUGCUCUCGUGUUUCUCCGAUCAGGACUCGAGAGUUCGGUACUACGCGUGCGAAGCCCUCUAUAAUGUGGUGAAAGUGAGCCGAUCCGAUGUCUUGCCCUUCUUUAACGAAGUGUUUGACUCGUUGUCCAAACUGGCGGCCGAUCCCGACCAG